AUGGCAGAGAAUGCAUCAGUAACACAACAUCUGAAUGAAUUUAACACCAUCACAAAUCAGCUAUCUUCUGUAGAAAAUGAUUUUAAUGAUGAGAUUUGUGGCACUGAUCGUUUUGGCUUCAUUGCCAAACAGUUGAGGGGCUAUGAGAAUGACAGGUCUAGCACUGAAGAGAUUAAUAAUCUGAAGAAGCAAUUGUCAAAACAGUUUACAAUGAAAGAUUUGGGAGCUGUAAAACAAAUCCUUGGUAUGAGAAUCAUUAGAGGCAAGGCUAAUGAUACAUUGAAGCUUUCACAGACAGACUCAGAUGGCUAUGAUGAAGGUGGAUAUAGGGAAGCUCCUAGUACAGAAGCCUACUUCGAGUCGUUUAAAUCAGUUGGUUCAAAAGCUUUAGCAGAGCUCAUAUCAAAGUUCAAAGACUCAGCCUCACCAGUAAACUGUGUUGUGUAUGACUCUUUGCUUCCAUGGGCUUUUGAUGUGGCCAGGAAAUUUGGCAUUAAUGGAGCAGUAGUAUUCUUGACAAACUCAGCUUCUGUAUGCUCCAUGUACUGGCAUAUCGAUCAUGGUUGCCUGACUUUGCCAGUGAAGCGAAGAACUGAGCUUGUGUUGUUGCCUGGAUUACCUUCACUUGGCCUUUUUGACUUGCCUAGUUUUCUUGCUCAGCCUUCAAGUAAUUCUGCAUAUUUGGUAGUGAUUGUGGAAAAAUUUACUUGUUUGGAUAAAAAUGACUGA